UCGUUAUCCGCAGCCAGGAUGAGUAGGGGACUUCGGAAAUAGUCGAUUAGCGUGUGUAGCUCAUAGAACAGAAACAAACAUGGAGAAAAAUGUUGGGUCACUUCAGGAGCAGGCGCUGAAGAGGAAAGAGAGGCUAAAAGCGCUUCGAGACAAAAAAGUCCAUGGCAGAGAAAAUGAAGAUGGGGAGCCGGAGUCGAAAAAAGCUUCUUUAGAGGAGGCUUCAGAAGGCAGGCACAGAGAGCUGAAGCUGAGGAAUUACACUCCAGAGGAUGAAGAGCUGAAGGAACGACAGGUGCCCAAAGCAAAACCAGCAUCAGUGGAGGACAAAGUUAAAGACCAAUUAGAGGCAGUCAAUCCUGAACCCAUCAUUGAAGAAGUGGAUUUGGCCAACCUCGCCCCCAGAAAGCCAGAUUGGGACUUGAAACGUGACGUAGCCAAGAAACUGGAGAAGUUGGAGAGGAGAACACAGAGAGCCAUCGCUGAGCUCAUCCGAGAUCGUCUUAGAGGCAGUGAAGAGGAGUUGGCAGGAGCAGUGGGAGCAGUGGGAGUGGAGCAGGGAGACUCUGAAUGAAGUUGUGAUGGUGAUGCUUGACAGUGAGAGCGGAAUUUACUUGGACUGAACCAUCACAGUUGACCUGGCCUGUCAGACCUUUGUUACUGUGUAAUUACAUAUGGAUAUGUAAUAAUGCAUCCUGUAAAUGUGGUGAAUUUGAGGUGCAUUUUGUGUAAAGUAUUUUUUUUUAAUAAAUUCAAAUAAUUUGAA